AUGCCCGCCGAGCUCAGUGAGGCCGAGGCCCUGGCCACCCCAGAGUUCUGGAACGAACGGUACACCAAGUCGGACGGCUCCAACCCGACACACGAAUGGUUCCGUACCUUCGCGGCCCUUGAGCCGUACUUCCAGAAGCACCUCUUCUCUCAGCGUGCCCCGGAGACGGCCCCGAGGAUCAUGCACCUCGGAUCGGGUGACAGCCAGACAAUCCCCGCCGACCUCUCGGAACGGGGCUACAGGAACCAGCUCUGCCUGGACUUCUCCACCGUGGUCGUAGACCUCAUGAAGGAGCGUCACUCGGCCGUCGGCGGUAUCGAGUGGCGCUGGGCUGAUGUCCGCGACAUGCCCAAUGAGGCGCCAACUGCGUCCAUUGAUGUUGCUUUCGACAAGGGCACCAUGGACGCCAUGAUCCACGGUUCGCCCUGGUCGCCGCCCGACGACGUCAAGGACAACACCGGCCGCUACCUGCGCGAGGUCCACCGCGCCCUCAAGGACGAUGGUGUGUUCUUGUACAUUACGUACCGCCAGCCGCACUUCAUGAGACCGCUUCUGAACAGCGAGGGGCUGUGGGAUCUCGAGAUGGACGUGUUGUCGGGUGGCGAGAGCGCGUUUGACUACUACGGCUUUAUCCUGCGGAAGAAGGCUGCGGCGUGA